AUGUCAGACGAUAUCAGACAAGAAUUAUUUCAUUGCAGAUUGUGCAAUUUUAAAAUCAGAUAUGAUUAUAAAGGCGACAGUCCACCAUUCUUUAAGAAGGAUGUUAAACUUUUAGAAAAUGCCUAUUGCAUCCGUGAUCCAUUUGCUGAUGAUAAUUUAGGCGGGAUAAUACUCGGUGGAGAUUGUAGCCUAUGCGGUAAAUGUGUUUGUGUUUCUCAGAAUUGUUCCUCUUACUAUCUUAAACGAUAUUGUCGUGAUUGUAGCAAAGAUAUGAAUGAUUCGGCUUCAUAAUAUCAUUUUAUUUGUGCAUAUAUUUAUAUAUGUUGUAUAAUAAACACGUCUAAGUUUUGUACAUUAUCGUAUUUGUUAAAUAGAGCUUAUUUUCUAUUA